UGGUGUGUAGUGUAUCUAUAGUUUCCUUCUGUUUUGAAACCCAAGCAAGCUAAGUGAUUUAGUUCCAUAAGCUGUAAUAAGUGGGUUUUCAAGUAUUUCAUAGUGUAAUCCUUCAGUUUUGAUAAGAUGGAAAAGAGAGUUGUGUUGGAACUGCGGGGAAGAAGUCCCUCACAGAUCAAGGAGCUUAACUUGGAUAACUGCAGAAGCACUAAUAUAGUGGGGCUAUCUGAUGAGUACACCAAACUUGAAAUCUUAAGUCUCAACAAUGUUGGACUCACAACACUCAAAGGAUUCCCCACAUUACCCAAACUGAGGAAGUUAGAACUUUCUGAUAACAGGAUAUCCAGUGGACUUGAUUUUCUGAAAGGAUGCAAGAAGUUAACUCACCUCAACUUGUCAGGCAACAAAAUUAGAGACUUGGAGACGUUGCAGCCACUAAAAGAGAUUGAGAAACUAAGAGUAUUAGAUUUGUUCAACAAUGAUGUCACCAAUAUUGAGGACUAUAGGGUGAAAGUGUUUGCACUGCAUCCAUCCAUUAAGUACUUGGACGGAUAUGACCCAGAUGACAGAGAGGGGGAGGACAGUGACGCAGAGGAGGAUGAGGUGGAGGAACUGAAUGGAAAUAAUGAUAGUGAGGAAGAUCUGGACAUAGAUUUGAGUUCUCUAUUCAUUGAUGAUGACAGUUUAUCUGAGAGGCCUCCAGAGACAUCGCCUAGUCUUCUAAUAUCAUUGUAUACUGUAUGUGGUCUUCUGUUCCAUAUGGGUUAUCUUUUAAGAAAUUCAGAUGUGGAGGAUGAAGAAGAUGAUGAUGAUGAUGACGAUGGAGACAUGUCACUGAGUGCUGUUUAUCGUGAUAACUUAGAGGAGGAGAGCUCGUCCAGUUCGCUGUUCGAGGGCAGCGACGAGGAAGAGGAGGAGGACGAAGAUGACGAUAACAAUGAGAACGACGCCGAAACGGUACACAACACCAAGGCUAAAGAAGGUGAAGUGAACGCGCGUGACCCCGAAGAGAGCACUCGAGGUAAAAAGCGAAAACAUGAGGACGAAGACGAAAAUUAAAGUUGCCUUAAGCGGAGUUAUCUUACUAGUUCGUAAGUGUACAGCACUCCGAAGCAUCGGACAAUAAACAUGAUCAUAGUUAUGGUGAACUUAAGUCAUACUGGCUUCCAGAGUCGGUAUAUGGGAAUAUAUAAUCCGAAACUGCAAAUGGGUCCAUAAGCGAACGCGACAAGAACUAUCGAAAUGAAUACCUUAUCACCAUAAACUAAAAGUUUUAAUGUUGAUGUCUUUUUUGUGUGGAAUCUGUAGUUUGUUGUCCGAAAGUUGAUAUUUCAAUUAAAUUGUUUAUGUAAUAACUAUUUUUUAUUCUAUUGACAUGCUUACUUUAGUCUUAUCAAAGGGAAUGCGAGUGCAUGAUUUGUAGAUUUAAAUUAGCUCUCGGAAUUUCUUAAAAUUACAAUAUAAUUGAUUAGCUAUAAGUGAUAAGUUGUUUUAAUAAUAAUGAUCGGUCAUACAUUUGUAAUUCUGUUUUGAAAUGAUAAAUUCUAUGCAAGAAAUUCCGCCUGUGUAAUAUACAACCCAACUGUUAGACUGGUUGAGACAUAUUUAAUAGUAAAACCGAUAACAUCAGUCUCCUUCAUAUGCCAUAGGGCCUCAAUAUGCAAAAAAAUAGUGUGUUUCUUCCUGAUAAAAAAAUAAAAUUGUAAGAGCAUAAAGUACCAGCAUAUUUUUAUUAUAGAUCAUCUUGCACCAUUCAGAAACAGGUAGAAGUCCCUGAGUUAUA